AGCAGGAAAUCGUUGGCAACUGAGCAGCGCUACAAGAAGCUUUAGUCAAGACAGGACACACGAAGGGGUCACAGCGUCCCCUUGCUCUUUAUCGGUCCCUAGGGACAGAAUCUCUUUCGUCUUCCUGUGGCUCUCAAUCCGCUCAGGAUGACUUUCACUAUCGAGAAUCAAAUCUUUACCAUCCCAGAUAAGUACGUGCCGCUGCAGAACAAGCUUCUUGGCAAAGGAGCGUAUGGUCAUGUUUGCGCCGUCUCGAACAAGGAUACAGGAGAGCGUCUUGCGGUCAAGAAGGUCAAAAAUGCUUUUGAUGACCUUGUUGAUGCGAAGAGAGUUCUACGCGAGAUCAGGCUCCUGUGCUCGUUCGAUCACGAGAACGUCCUCUGCAUCAAGGAUCUGCACAUGCCGCUGGACCCGAAUGGCAAGCAUGAAGACGUCUACAUCAUCACUGAGCUUCUCGACACCGACUUGUCCAAGGUUAUCUACUCCCCGCAGCCUCUGAUCGACGACCAUUGUCAGUACUUCCUCUACCAAGUCUGCCGAGGCUUGAAAUACCUUCACAGCGCAAGAGUGCUACAUCGCGAUCUCAAACCCGGAAAUCUCCUUGUGAAUAGCAACUGUGACUUGAAAAUCUGCGAUUUUGGCCUGGCGAGGCUGGAGGAGGAUACCAACCCAUCAACGAUGACAGCCUAUGUCGUCACGCGAUGGUACAGGGCACCAGAGCUCUUGUACCUCAAGAACUACACUGAAGCUAUCGACAUCUGGUCUGUGGGCUGCAUCUUUGCGGAGAUUCUUGGCCGAAAAGCGUUCUUGCAAGGAAAGAACUACCAGGACCAGCUGCUUGUCAUUUUUCAGAUUGUGGGGCCGCCGACAGAGGAAGACCUGCAGGUUGUCCCCAACCCGGAAGUUCGAGAAUACAUCCGCAAGCUGCCCAAGCCAACCCGCAUCGUCCCACUCAAGGAAAGGUUCCCCAAGGCAAGACCCGAGGCCAUAGACUUGUUGAGUAUGAUGUUGAGGUUCAACCCGCACAAGAGGCCGACGGCUGCGCAAUGUCUAGAGCAUCCUUACCUGGCUGAGUACCACGACCCUGAGGACGAGCCUGAGAGCGACUCGCACUUCGAGUGGGAGUUUGAGGGGAUGGAGUUGUCGAGGGAUCAGAUCAGAGCAUACAUGUUUGAUGAGGUGAAGAAGAUCGCAUCAAAGAACAACACUCCUCUCUAUGGGCAAUGACGAGAAACACGUUAAACUGAUUUUGAAACGGAAGGCACGAGGCAGGGAGACGAAUUGAUUGUUGUUUGUGCGAUAUUUACAACAAGGCAAAACAAGAUCUCAAGGUUGUUCAGAUCAAUUCCUUCGCAGGAGUGUCCUACAAGCUUCAUCAAUCCGUACGAUUGACAUUGAAUUUUUUCUCUUUUUCCC